AUGGCGCCUCUGUCUCGCACACGACCGCGCCCGACCACCGCUCGGCUCCACUCGCCGCGAGCCCUGGAUGCGUCCGCGUGCCCUGGCUGCCCCUGGCCAAGCCCCCCCCCCCCCCGCGCGUCCUUCCGUGCGCCGGCCGUGCCCGCUCGCCAUUCGCUGCCACCCGCUACUACCGCCGGCCCCGCCCUCUGUAUACCCGCGCGCGCGUGGCCGUCGCCGCUCGGCCGCUCGCGAACUGCGCCGCCCGCCGCAGCUCCCGGCGUUCCUCCACCCCUCCCCCAUGCCGCGCGCCAGCCACCGGCCCCCACUUUCCCACUGCUGUUGCCUUCCCCCUGCGCCGGCGCUCUGCUCCUGCCUGCGCCCGUGCCGGACGACCCGCGCUCGUCGCUCGCCUGUGUACGCCCCGCCGCUACUGCCCCGCCCGGUCGCACGACCCUGCCGCCGCCGCCGGUCGCUGGCCGCGCCCGUGUCGGCUCCAGCCGCUGCUGCUGCAGGGAGCCCCUCCGUUGUGGCUCCCCCGAGCCCGUCCGCCGUGGCCAAAGCCACCGCCGUUAA